CGGCAACUCUUGCGGACGGUGGAGGUGGCGCUGCCAGUCGGAAGCACGUUGCCGGCGAGGGAGGCCGCGCGGCACUGGGCACCGGGGAGGGUAAAGCAGGGGGACAGCGGAGAAGGAGGCGAGGGGCGGCUGUGGCGACCGAGGCGACGGAGCGGCGAUGGCCGAGGUGCUGGAGAAGAUCCUGAACAAUCUGCUGGAGCCCGACACGGCGCUCAUCCAGCAGGCCACAGCUCAACUGAAGGAUGCAUUUAAGGAUCCAUCAGUGGUCCCUGCUCUCUGCACAAUCCUCAUAAGUGCACCAAGCCCUCAGAUCCGCCAGUUUGCCGCAGUACUCGUGAGGAGAAGAGUUGCUAAACACUGGAAGAAGCUCUCAAUUGAUCUAAAGGAGAAUUUGAAGCCGGUGGUUUUGCAGUCUCUCCAGCAGGAACAUGAGCACAAGGUUCGGCACGCAGUGGCUCAGUUGGCUGCAAUUAUCGUCAAGCAUGAAACGCCAGAGAAAUGGCCACAACUACUUCAGUUUAUAACUCAGUGGACUAAGAGCGGCGUUCCAGCAGAGAGAAAGGUUGGGAUGCUACUGCUGAGCACCGUGGUUGAUAUCAGCACCGAGUCCUUCAAGCGUCACUUCCGCGAGCUGAUGCGGCUCUUCCACCAGACCCUGGAGGAUCAUGACAACCCACUGGUUGUCUUCUACACCAUUCAGACCCUAACCACGGUGGUGUCGUACAUGGGGACCGAUGAGAUGAACAUGAUGCGUCCCAUGAUCCCAAAGCUGUUGAUUGCCAUUCAAAUCCUCAUACAGCACAAUCAGGAUCAGGCCAGUGAGGCUAUGGAGGUCUUCAAUGAGCUGAUGGAGAGUGAAGUAUCAAUCAUCGUGCCAUAUCUGUCCCAGAUCGUCCAUUUUUGCCUGGAGAUUGCAGCAAACCCAGUGCUGGGGGACAACCUCCGGGUAAAGGCCCUGUCGUGUGUGAGCUUCCUCAUCAAGCUGAAGGCAAAGGCGAUCAUGAAGCAGAAGCUGCUGCCCAGUAUCCUGAAUGUGCUAUAUCCCAUCAUGUGUGCAGCCCCGCCAGAGGGUGAAAUGGAUCCCGAGGACCUGGACCUAGAUGAUGAUAUUGAGGAUGAGGUGGAAGCUCAGACCCCAAAGCACUUUUCAACACAGGUGAUCGAUAUGCUGGCUCUACACUUGCCUCCAGAGAAGCUUUUCUCCCAUCUGACCCCAUUGAUGGAACCAGCGCUGAGGAGUGAGAAUCCGUACGAGAGGAAGGCGGGUCUGAUGAGUAUGGCGGUGUUGGCAGAGGGCUGUGCAGACCACAUCCGCCAGAAACACCUACAUCCCAUGUUGCAAUGCAUGUGUCAGGCCCUUGCAGACCAGAGCCAGGUGGUCCGAAACGCAGCACUCUUUGCCCUGGGACAGUUCUCCGAGUUCCUGCAGCCGGAUAUCAGUAAAUACUCUGAAGAGAUCAUGCCUCUCCUCCUCAACUACCUCAGCACCAUUGACAAUUCAAAGGGCGGCCACCUCACCAAGGCCUAUUACGCACUGGAAAACUUUGUGGAGAAUCUGGGGAAGAAGAUUGAGCCAUAUUUGCCCACACUGAUGGACAGGAUGCUGAUGGCCCUGUGCUCGAGCAGCAGCAGCCGGGUGAAGGAAUUGGCCAUAAGUGCCAUUGGUGCAAUUGCCAGCGCUGCCAAGGAAGCACUGCUCCCAUACUUCCAGGCGGUCAUUGUCCAGCUGAAAGGAUAUUUGAUCAACACCAGCGAGGAGCUACGCCAGGUCCAAAUCCAGUCACUGGAAACUUUGGGGGUUCUUGCACGGACCAUUGGGAAGGAUGUCUUCUUGCCCCUUUCAGAAGAAUGCUGCCAGCUUGGCCUGAAUCUCAUUGACCAUGUGGAUGAUCCUGACCUGCGGCGGUGCACGUACAGUCUGUUUGCCGCCCUCUCAUUGGUAAUGGGUCCAAGCAUGGCCCCUCACUUGGAGAAGAUGACGACAGUGAUGUUACUCUCCAUCAAAUCCACUGAAGGGGUUACGGCCCAUUAUGAUAUUAACAGCAAAACAUUCCUGCUGCUGGACGACGACCUUGAUGAGGAUGAGCCUAUCACAGAGGAGGAGGACGAGGACGAUGCUGACAUCACUGGUUUCAGCGUGGAGAACGCCUACCUUGAUGAAAAGGAGGACGCCUGUGAUGCCCUGGGAGAAAUUGCAGUCAACACUGGGGUUGCCUUUAUGCCAUAUAUGGAGUCAUGCUUUGAAGAAAUCUUCCGAAUCACUGAUUAUCCACAUGUCAACGUCAGGAAAUCUGCUUACGAAGCCGUUGGCCAGUUCUGCUGCGCCCUUUACAAAGUCGCGCAGGAAAAUCCAACUGACCAAAACUUGGAAGGUUUCCAGAAGUUACUAUCUAUGGUAUUUCCAAGCUACCUGAAAACCAUCCACGAGGAGAAGGACCGGCUGGUGGUCAUGACAAUCUUAGAAUCCAUGAACAACGUGCUGAAAAACUGCAAAGGGGAUGUGCUGAAGGAGCCAGGCCGCUUGGACGAAAUCUGCAAAGCCAUCAAGAAUGUACUGCAGAAAAAGACAACCUGCCAAGAUCCAGAAAAUGAAGAGACAGAGUCUGAUGAAGAGCAGGAGGCAGAGUACGACUCCAUCCUGCUGGAGUACGCAGGAGAGGGCAUUCCCCUACUGGCCACUGCAGUGGGAGGGCAGAUCUUCGCCCCAUACUUUGCUGGAUUCCUGCCCCUACUGCUAUGUAAAACGAAACCAAGCUGCACCGUGGCCGAGAAAUCCUUUGCCAUCGGGUCAAUUGCUGAGACGGUUCAGGCCUUGGGGCCAGCUACAGUGCAGUUUGUACCCCGUUUGCUGCCAGUGCUUCAGGCUGGAGCCCGCGACACGGACGAGGAGGUGCGCAGCAAUUCUGUCUUCGGCAUUGGAGUGCUCGCUGAGCAAGCAAAGGAAGCUAUAUUUGAACACUACCCUUCUCUGCUGGGGAUCCUGUCAUCCACCAUUGCCCGAGAACAGAACCAGCGAGUGGUGGACAAUGUUUGUGGAGCCGUAUCCCGAAUGAUGAUGACCAACCUGGCAGGUGUGCCUGUGGAACAGGUGUUUCCCGUCCUGGUUCGAUCUCUGCCGCUGAAAGAAGACCUUGAAGAAAAUGUUACAGUCUUUAACUGCAUCGCCUUCAUGUACAAAAGCAACUCCAGUCAGGUUAUUCGACAUUUGCAGCAGUUACUGACUGUUUUUGCUGAAGUGAUUGGUACAGACCAGCUCAAAGAAGAAAGUCAGAACACCUUGGUGAUGCUGUUGAAGGAUAUAUCCCAAUGCUUCCCCCAGGAACUUCAGAAUGCACUGAUGGCAAUUCCUCAAGAGGCUGCCAAGAAGCUCUCUUGUGUCCUGUCUUCCUGAGUUUGCUGCUGUUAGGACUGACCUGAGGAUGAACAAGCCCAGUAUUUCUCUGCAGCCAAAACACUACAUUGUCACUGAGUAAUCCACUCUGGUGAACCAACAUGAGGAGUGGAACUAUUUGGACCUCACAUGGAAAGCAUGAAGGAAAUUGGUUGAUGCUCCUUUUGGGGAGGUUUUGAACAGACUUUUAACAGUUCCAAAAAACAAGUUGCCAAAGAUUCUUGGUCUUUUUUUUUAAACCCCUGCUGCUAAAAAGGGGUGAUUUAUUUGUUUUCCUGCCAAGGAAGUGUUUCAAGACCAACUUUGUGGAAUGAAAUUUUCGUGGUUGUGAAAAUUUUCUUGAAUUCCAAUAAAUAAAAGCCAAGAAAAGAA